AAAUAAUGCCCCUGUUUCUCGGUCUGUGUGGCAUGGUGUGAGCUAAGCGCGUAGUUUGCACCCGCCAGCCGAGUCACCGAGAUGUACCAGCUGGAGAAGAUCUGGGUCCUGCUGUGCCUGGCCCUCGUCGGCGUCCUUGGCUUCGGCCAGUUCCACAUGAAGCACUACCAGUUGCAGCGCAACUACAACACGCAGGAGGAUUCCGGCGAGAACGACAACAGUGUGCUGCGAACCUUUCGCCGCUGUAUGUGGGAGCAGUCGAAGUUCCUGCCCCGCCGCCUCGUCCUGCUGAGCCUGUGCUCGAACCUCUUCUGCGAGAACAACCACAUAAUGCCCCGCUCCAGGUCUAUUUUCGUAGUGGAAAAAUUGUCUAGGCCGAAUGACUGCCUGGACAUCCUGCCGGACCAGUGUGAGCAGGGCGACGAGGAGGAGCUGAUGUACAAGCCCUUCCCCGACUGCUGUCCGGUGUACUGCAACCUGAAGCGGCGGAUGCAGCGCCUGCGCAGCAUGCACUUCCGGCACCGCCUGCUGCGCAACAAACAGGACGGCUCCACGGGAUCCACUGCGGGCUCCGCCGGAGGCGAUGGUCCCAACAACUCGCUCCUCAGCGAAUUCGUCUACAACAACUACUAGCACAUUGGCCGCAGCCACAGGACGUAACAGCAAAUCAAAUUACACAGCGAUUUGCGGUCAACUGGUCAACGGAAAAUUCCGCCUUUACCACACUGUGCGAAUAGUUGGCUCUUGUUGUUCACAAACCUUUUUGUAAUCUCAAUAUAUAGGCUAUAAAUAUAGGAUAGCGUAUACACUAAUACGUGGCGGUCUGAGCAGAAAGAUGGCUCUGAAAUCGUUAUAAUUUCAGUAUAUUGUCCCUAAAUAUAAGUACGAGUAAAUGUGAA